AUGGAAACAGAAUUUGCAUGCAGACAGCCUCCUUUAUUUGCUUAUGACCCGCAAUGGCCAUCUGAACAAAAAACCAUAGCUUCGUUGAAACCAAGAUUGAUUGCACAGCUACCAUCUGUAACUUUGAUCACUUCGCAACUGACGGAAAAAAAACUGGUCAAGAUCAAAGUAUUAAAAGUAGAAGACGGGUCUAAUUUAAAACAUCAGCUUGGUAGUAGUCUAACGUCACUACACUCCAUUUCAGAUAUCCAAAGGCUCACUCUUGUUCCUAUUGAACCAGAUCAAGGCUUAUCUAGUACAAAUAGAUUAAAAACUUCAGAUUCCCAAAAAAAAAGACCAUCUUUAAAAGAUAGCUUUAGUUCUAGAACAACACUUAUCAAUCCACAGUUGUCAAAAACUAGCUUAAUGGCGGCAGCAACACCAGCCCCGUUUUAUGAUCCCGCAAAUCACUCUAAAGCUUUAUACAACGGCAUACGUCGAUCAAGUGCCAUUGCACAAAAUGCAGCAUGCGAAUGUAUUCAAAAUUAUUCAAAUACGAUUGAAGAAGACUCGGAAUCAGAAGAAGAUAUGAAGAGCUUUCUUAGUAUGACCAGAUCUAGAUUGCAAAAAGGCCACGCUGCACUAUCAAAAAAUAAUCGAGUAUCAAGACUUCGACGUACUUCCAUCAAAGCCGAGACUACUUCUCAGACUAACGGUUCUAAUGAGACUUCUGCAAGAUUAAUUCAAAGUUUUCGACAGGAGGUCAUUGAUAGUGUAGAUCUUGUGAAUAUUCCUUCACGCUGGGUUAAUUUUGCUGAAAAUACUGACGAAACCCCCAGUCUGGCUCGAUCUAGUCAAAAUCAUUCAAUUCGGCGUUCAAUAUCGCUGGGAUCUCGUCAAAAUUUGAUGGCCCUAUCAUCACAAGCUCCUUUACAGCAAACAUCAAAGACUCUUGGAGCAGCAAAGUUGGCAGCAUCUCCCCAUCCUAAUAUUUCUACUCUUACACAGAAAGAUCAAAGCGUACGAGUGCCGAUUGAUUUGAAACCAGAAUUAUCAUUGUCUUCAUCUGCCAACGUGGUUCUUAUAACGCGGCCAUCGUAUACAAAUGAUGAUGACAAGAGUAGUCAGGAUUUGAAAAAUAAUGAUAAUCAAAAACUUGUUGAUCAGCAAAAUACUGCAACACAAAACGAUCAAUUCUUUACGCAGUCUUACUAUCAGCGGCCAGAUCCAGUUCAUCCCUACUGCCAUGUUUUAAAAGGCUCAUCUGGUGGACAAAGUGGCUGGCGUCAAGUUCAGCAAUAUUCACAGGACUGGGAGACAAGCUGGGAGCCGCUCAAGAUUGUUCACAUUGCCCUAUCCAAAGAAAAGAUACAGAAACGUGCUAAAAUCCAGUCACAAACUGGAAUAGAUUCAAUUCAAAUGCCAAACGCAAGUGACUCUAAAAAAAAGGUAGCAAAACAGUUAUUUUCAGCAGCACCUAAUUUAGUCAGGACUUGUUUAUCCACAGCUAAAUCGCCCAAUAACAGAUCCAAACACGAUGAAAAGCACAACUCUGGGCAGACUUUUAGAAAGGAGCCUUGCACAAGAUUGUCACGGAUAUCAAAAACUGCGCCAUCUAAUUUCUUUUUACCAUCGAUUUCCACCACAGCCAAGUCAUAUCCUUAUCCAUACAGACAAGAAAGAUCUUUUUUAGAUCCCCAUCUUAUUGCCACUGUACUAUCAUCAAAAUAUGGUGUUUCAAAAACAGUCAAACCUUGUGCUACAGAAAGAGCAGAUGCAGCAACUUCAAAUAUACAACAGUUUCCAUUACCAUCAACAUAUCCUCGGGCAAACAUCAUGGGUGCGGAAGGUUUGCGUACAUGUAUAGUUAGCGGUGCAGCACGUGUUCAACCCCUUGUGAACGAGUUGGAUGAGCUGGAUCUAAAAUUAUAUAUUUGCGAGCUGUCGUAUCGCGAAAGACAGUUUCUAAGUGAGCUAGAGCAGGUGCUUCGAAAAGAAAGUGUCAAGGAUGAACGAUCUCGAAAGUUGAGGAAAAUACACGUCACAAAAGUAUUUCGUCAUUUGCACAAUCGUGUAGUGCGUCUGGUUGAAGAUCAAGCAUCAGAAUCGGAACUGUCAAGAACUCGGCGAGCUCGUAUGGAACGAUUUCUCGAGGCAAGCAAAAAAAAUCUGAUAUUCUUGGAGGUAAUUUCAUAG